AUGACUACGGAGGAGGAGACAACUGAAUUAGGAACAACUGAGGGAUUUACCUCAGAUGUGACAUCAACUGCUCCCUUAACAACAAAUAUCACUACCAUUGGUAUGUCUACCAAGGAGGAGACAACUGAAUCAAGAACUACUGAGGGAUUCACUUCAGACAUUUUUUCAACUGGGCCUUCAACAUCAGAUAUCACCACCAAUGGUCUAUCUACUAAGGAGGAGAAAACUGAAUCGGGAACAACAGAAGAAUUCACCUCAGAUGUUUCAUCAACUCUGUCAUCAACAUCAGAUAUCACUACUAAUGGUCUGACUACCGAGGAGGAGACGACUGAGGGAUUUACCUCAGAUAUGACAUCUACUGCUCUACCAACAUCAGAUAUCAUAACCAAUGAUAUGACUAUGGAGGAGGAGACAACUGAAUUAGGAACAACUGAGGAAUUUACUUCAGAUGUAAAAUCAACUGCUCCCUUAACAACAGAUAUCACCACCAUUGGUAUGUCUACCGAGGAGGAGACAACUGAAUCAAGAACUACUGAGGGAUUCACUUCAGACAUUACUUCAACUGGGCCUUCAACAUCAGAUAUCACCACCGAUGGUCUGACUACCGAGGAGGAGACAACUGAGGGAUUAACCUCAGAUAUGACAUCUACCGCUCUACCAACAUCAGAUACUACAACAAAUGGUAUGACUACGGAGGAAACAACUGAUUUAGGAACAACUGAGGAAUUUACUCCCUUAACAACAGAUAUCACCACCAUUGGUAUGUCUACCAAGGAGGAAACAACUGAAUCAAGAACUACUGAGGGAUUCACUUCAGACAUUAUUUCAACUGGGCCUUCGACAUCAGAUAUCACCACCAAUGGUCUAUCUACUAAGGAGGAGAAAACUGAAUCGGGAACAACAGAAGAAUUCACCUCAGAUGUUACAUCAACUCUGUCGUCAACAUCAGAUAUCACUACUAAUGAUAUCACCAUCAUUGGUAUGUCUACCAAGGAGGAAACAACUGAAUCAAGAACUACUGAGGGUUUAACUUCAGAUAUUACUUCAACUGGGCCUUCGACAUCAGAUAUCACCACCAAUGGUCUAUCUACUAAGGAGGAGACAACUGAAUCGGGAACAACAGAAGAAUUCACCUCAAAUGUUACAUCAAUUCUGCCGUCAACAUCAGAUAUCACUACCAUUGAUAUGUCUACCAAGGAGGAGACAACUGAAUCAAGAACUACUGAGGGAUUCACUUCAGACAUUACUUCAACUGGGGCUUCAACAUCAGAUAUCACCACCGAUGGUCUGACUACCGAGGAGGGGACAACUGAGGGAUUAACUUCAGAUAUGACAUCUACCGCUCUACCAACAUCAGAUAUCACAACAAAUGGUAUGACUACGGAGGAGGAGACAACUGAAUUAAGAACAACUGAGGAAUUUACUUCAGAUGUAACAUCAACUGCUCCCUUAACCACAGAUAUCACCAUCAUUGGUAUGUCUACCAGGGAGGAAACAACUGAAUCAAGAACUACUGAGGGUUUCACUUCAGAUAUUACUUCAACUGGGCCUUCGACAUCAGAUAUCACCACCAAUGGUCUAUCUACUAAGGAGGAGACAACUGAAUCGGGAACAACAGAAGAAUUCACCUCAAAUUCUACCGCUCUACCAACAUCAGAUAUCACAACAAAUGGUAUGACUACGGAGGAGGAGACAACUGAAUUAGGAACAACUGAGGAAUUUACUUCAGAUGUUACAUCAGCUGCUCCUUUAACAACAGAUAUCACCACCAUUGGUAUGUCUACCAAGGAGGAGACAACUGAAUCAAGAACUACUGAGGGAUUCACUUCAGACAUUACUUCAACUGGGCCUUCAACAUCAGAUAUCACUACCAAUGGUAUGACUACAGAGGAGGAGACAACUGAAUCGGGAACAACAGAAGAAUUCACCUCAGAUGUUACAUCAACUCUGUCGUCAACAUCAGAUAUCACUACUAAUGGUCUGACUACCGAGGAGGAGACGACUGAGGGAUUAACUUCAGAUAUGACAUCUACUGCUCUACGAACAUCAGAUAUCAUAACCAAUGGUAUGACUACGGAGGAGGAGACAACUGAAUUAGGAACAACUGAGGAAUUUACUUCAGAUGUAACAUCAACUGCUCCCUUAACAACAGAUAUCACCACCAUUGGUAUGUCUACCGAGGAGGAGACAACUGAAUCAGGAACAACUGAAGGAUUCACUUCAGACAUUACUUCGAUUGGGCCGUCUACAUCAGACAUCACCACCAAUGGUCUGACUACGGAGGAGACAACUGAAUCAGGAACAACAGAAGGAUUCACCUCAGAUGUUAUAUCUACUCUGCCGUCAACAUCAGAUAUCACUACCAAUGGUAUGACUACCGAGGAGAAGACAACUCAAUCAAGGAUAACAGAAGGAUUCACUUCAGACAUUACUUCAACUGCUCCCUUUACAAAUAUCACCACCAUUGGUAUGUCUACCGAGGAGGAGACAACUGAAUCAAGAACUACUGAGGGAUUCACUUCAGACAUUACUUCAACUUGGCCUUCAACAUCAGAUAUCACCACCUAUGGUCUGACUACCGAGGAGGAGACAACUGAGGGAUUAACCUCAGAUAUGACAUCUACCGCUCUACCAACAUCAGAUAUCACCACCAAUGGUCUGACUACUGAGGAGGAGACAACUGAUUUAGAAACAACUGAGGGAUUCACUUCAGACAUUACUUCGACUGGGCCGUCUACAUCAGAUAUCACUACUAAUGGUCUGACUACCGAGGAGGAGACAACUGAAUCAGGAACAACAGAAGGAUUCACUUCAGACGUUACUUCAACUGCUCCCUUAAAAACAAAUAGCACCACCAUUGGUAUGUCUACCGAGGAGGAGACAACUGAAUCAAGAACUACUGAGGGAUUCACUUCAGACAUUACUUCAACUGGGCCUUCAACAUCAGAUAUCACUACCAAUGGUAUGACUACAGAGGAGGAGACAACUGAAUCGGCAACAACAGAAGGAUUCACCUCAGAUGUUACAUCAACUCUGUCGUCAACAUCAGAUAUCACUACUAAUGGUCUGACUACUAAGGAGGAGACGACUGAGGGUUUAACCUCAGAUAUGACAUCAACUCUGCCGUCGAAAUCAGAUAUCACUACUAAUGGUCCGACUACCGAGGAGGAGACAACUGAAUUAGGAACAACUGAUGGAUUCACCUCAGAUAUGACAUCUACUACUCUACCAACAACAGAUAUCACAACCAAUGGUCUAUCUACUGAGGAGGAGACAACUAAAUCGGGAACAACAGAAGAAUUCACCUCAGAUGUUACAUCAAUUCUGCCGUCAACAUCAGAUAUCACUACCAAUGGUCUAUCUACUGAGGAGGAGACAACUGAAUCGGGAACAACAGAAGUAUUCACCUCAGAUGUUACAUCAACUCUGCCGUCAACAUCAGAUAUCACUACUAAUGGUCUGACUACCAAGGAGGAGACAACUGAGGGAUUAACCUCAGAUAUGACAUCUACCGCUCUACCAACAUCAGAUAUCACAACCAAUGGUAUGACUACAGAGGAGGUGACAACUGAAUUAGCAACAACUGAGGGAUUAACCUCAGAUGUGACAUCAACUGCUCCCUUAACAACAUAUAUGGCACUUAGAGAGAGAGAGAGAGAGAGAAGCAGUUUUGAGAAUGUGUCACAUUUAAUAUAUGUCAUUCCCAAAGACACACAGCAACUGCUAAUCAAGUAA